AUGGGCAAGCUGGUGCGCCUCGAGAUCUACAACUUCAAGUCCUACCGUGGGCGCCACACGCUGCUCUUCGGCGACUCGUACUUCACCUCCAUUAUCGGCCCCAAUGGCUCCGGCAAGUCGAACAGCAUGGACGCCAUUUCCUUUGUGCUGGGCCUGCAGGACAUGGUCUACCGCGGUCGCAUCAUUCGCGAGGCCCGCAUCAACGCCGACGGCACUGCCACCGAGGGCGACGCCGCGUCCAACGGCGCCACGCAGGAGAACGGCGACACCCAGUCCAGCACCCAGACCGAGAACCCCCAGAACGCCUGGGUCAAGGCCCGCACCAUCACCGCUGCCGGCGCGAGCGAGUACCGCAUCAACCGCCGCCAGGAGCACAGCAUUCUGGUCAAGGCCCGCAACUUCCUCGUCUUCCAGGGCGACGUGGAGAAGAUCGCGACCAUGGCCUCCGACAAGCUCACCGAGCAGGCCGACUACGAUAGGCUUAAGGCCGAGUCUGAAGCUGCCACCGAGGACAACGCGAAGCACCUGCACGAGCGCCGUGGUAUCAACGGCGAGCUGAAGACAUACCAGGAGCAAAAGGCCGAAGCCGACGAGUACGAGCGCAAGCUUGCCGAGCGCGACGAGGCCGUCGUCACCAAGACCUUGUGGAAGCUGUUCCUGUACCGGCAGACCAUGGAGCAGGCGCGCGACAAAAUCGCCUCGCACCAGGAGGAGCUGAAGGAGCACAAGCGCAGCGAAAGGCAGGCCGAAGCCAAGGUCAAGCGCGACGAGAAGCAGAUCGAGGACACCACCAACGAGCUUGCUCCCAUUGAGAUGAAGAUUCGCCUGCUCAACGACCAGCGCCAGAAGAACGACUCGCAGGUCCAGAAGGUCCAGAAGGACUUGGAUCUGGUCCAGAGAGCCGAGCAGAAGUGGGAGGACGACUUCAGAGCCGCCUCUCAGCGACAGGGCCGGGAGCUAUCGCAGCAGGAUCUGCAGGAAUACAACCAGCUGCGCGGCGAGGUCAUUGACCGCCUGAAGCGCGAGGUCGACACAGACCGCGAUCACGCCGCCGAGAGGCUGAGUGCAGAGCGUUCGCAGCUCAAAGAACUCGAGUCGGCACGGAACUCGAAGCAAAAGGAGCUCGAUAAACUGCGUUCUGAUCGCCGACAGCUGGAAUUGACCUACAGAGAGAAGAACCAGAUGCUGCAGGAGUCUGCAACACAGCUCAGCAUAAUCGAGGGUAGCCGACGUGAAUCGCGAAAGCAGCAAGAAGCGCGCAAAGCGAUUGAGCGACUUCGCGUGAGACUAGGACCUGAGAAGGUGCACGGCCGGUACCGGGAUCUGUUCACUGCAAAGCAGGCCAAGUAUCGCAAGGCUAUGGGUCGAGUAUUCGGACCCCAGAUGGAGACUGUGAUCGUUGAUACCGAAGCCACUGCCAAGGAGUGCAUUGCCUACCUGAAGCAGGAACGCAUCGGCAUCAUGUCGUUUGACCCGCUCGACUCGAUCCAGAUCAAGGCUGUCGACUCGCAGCUGAAGGGUAUGCACAAGGGCAUGCGUCUCGCCAUAGACUGCAUCAACUACGAGCCCAAGCACGAGCGAGCCAUGACUGCUGCAUGUGGCAACACCAUGGUUUGUGAUACCGAAAAGAUUGCCAAGGAACUGAGAUACGAGCGGCGCGUGCAAGCCAAAGCAGUCACCCUAGACGGACGUGUCAUCAGCAAGGGUGGUACCCAGACUGGUGGUGAGCUUGAUCGUGAUGAUGACGGAGGCGAACAGUCUUGGGACGAGAAAUCCUACCAGACACUGCGCGACCGUGUCGACUCGCUGCAGAAAGAGCUUGCCAACCUCCCGAAGCUCGAAAGCUCGCGACAACAGGAGCAGGCGAUCGAGGCUGAAUUGUUAGACCUCACUGAUCAAGUCAGGCGUGCACAAGACGAGACCAAAGCUCUCACCCGCAACAUCGACAGCCUGAAGAAGGAGCUCACACAUCACAAGAGCGAACUGAGGGGUGUACGGCCAAAUUUUGAGCAGCAGACACAACGACUGCGCAACAGGGAGGCAGAGCUGCAAGGCUUCCAAGACUCGGUGAAUCAAGUCUCCGACAGCGUUUUCGCAGCUUUCUGCCAGAGGCUUGGCUACGCAUCGAUACGCGACUACGAAGACCAGCAGGGCACAGUGCAGCAAGAGGCUGCGGAGAAGCGUCUCGAAUUCACGCGACAACGCAGCAAGCUCUCGUUUUUGCUGAAGCAACUUGAGUCCUCGCUCCAAGGUAUCGAGGAUCGCCUUUCGGGAGCCGAAGCCGCGAUCAAGCGUGUCGACGUAGAUCUUGCCGAGCAGCAAGAAAAACAGGAAGAGCUGCAGAACUCGAGAGACGUGCUUCAGGCUGAGCUGGAGGAACUGCAAGAGAAGUAUGAGGCUCUGGAAGAGAAGCUGACAGAACGUGCUCUUGCAGUCAGAGAAGCUCGUCGUGCGCUCGACCAUCGUAACGAGAAGGUCAAGCAUGUGCUGAGGGCUGUGGAUAGCGAAGAGGCCAAGAUCAAGACGAGUGCGACGAGCCGAUACAACACGCUAAAGGAGUGCAGAGUCAACGAGAUCAAGAUUCCGCUGAAGCCAGACUCGAAGACACUCACCUCGCUGCCCAUGACGGACUUGCCGCGUCCAGACGCUGACGCCAUGGAUGUAGACGAGGAUGUCGACAACACACAAAUCCAACAACCAGAAAUCGACGACUACGGCAUCGACGUCGACUUCGAUGAGCUCGAUGAGGACCUCCAAACCGAGCUCCUGUCGCUUCUCGCCACCGACACCGAGUCCACCGCCCCCUCCACCCUCCACACCUCCCUCGCCACCAUUGAAUCGCGUCUCGCCGACACCAUCACGCGCCUUGACACCGAUAUCAGCAAAGCAACCCCCAACAUGCGCGCAGGCGAGCGCCUCGCCUCAACCACCGCCAGGCUCGCCGCCAUCGAUGCCUCCUUUGCGCAGACCCGCACGCGCGCCGCUGCCGCCAAACGCGCCUUCGAUGCCACAAAACAGCGCCGGCACACACUUUUCAUGAAGGCUUUUACACACAUCUCUUCCACCAUCGGCGCCACCUACAAGGCCCUGACUAAGUCGCCACAGUUUCCUCUCGGCGGCACCGCGUAUCUUGACAUGGAGGACAGUUCUGAGCCGUACCUGGCUGGACUGAAGUACCACGCGAUGCCGCCGCUCAAGCGGUUCCGCGACAUGGAGCACCUGUCUGGUGGCGAGAAGACAAUCGCGGCGCUCGCGCUGCUGUUUGCUAUUCAUAGUUACCAACCGAGUCCGUUCUUCGUGCUGGACGAGGUGGAUGCGGCGCUGGAUAACGUGAAUGUCGCGCGCGUGGCGGCAUAUGUCAGGGAGCACGCGGGGCCUGGGAUGCAGUUUGUGGUCAUUUCGCUCAAGGCGGGCUUCUUCCAGGAGAGCGAGGCGUUGGUGGGGGUCUUGAGGGAUCAGAGCGCGAUGAGUAGUCGCUAUUUGAGUCUAGAUUUACGAAAGUAUGCUGCGUAA